AUGGCUAACCUCAAAGCAUCCAUACUGUGUUCUCUAUUCGCCUGGUUCCUUCUCCCUUGUGACUCAGCAGCAGAGCCAGCGUCAUCUUCUUGUAAUGCGGACGCGCGUCCUUAUUCUGCGUGGAUGGCUGAUAGUGUCAUCUCUCGUGGACAAGCCAUCCUGCCUCCAGGAACAACACCGGAAGCGUCAAUCUUUCUCCAAGUGGGUAUUUUUCAGAAUGCUAUUCUUCGAUUGAAGGAAUAUUAUGGUACCCCCGAAGAGGCGUGUGCACAUGGAGAUUGGGACGACUACCUGGUAGAAAGUACACAGAGUGUCACUUCCUGGCUUCUAAAUUCCACUCGGGACACUCAAUAUCCUCUCGAUCGAUUCUCGGAUGGAAAUGCCUUGUUAUACCUAUAUGAGACCACACAAAAUGAAACAUACAAGGCAGUGCUUGAUGCAUUGCGUCAGUCUAUUGAUCUGCAGCCUAGAAAUAAGUACGGCGGCUACUGGUACUACAAGUAUCCAAACUGGAGCUAUCUGGAUGGGAUGUAUUCCCUCAUCCCUUUCUACUCUACCUACACGGCCCGUUUUGCGUCGGCUAAUCGCACUGCCGUAGCCAAGGAUCUCGUUUACCAACUCGACCUCCUCUGGUCUCAUUGCCGGCAGAACAGCACAGGGCUGUUGGUCCAUGGAUACGAUGCAUCGGAAACAGCUGUAUGGGCAAACUUAGUCACGGGCGCAAGUCCAAUUGUCUGGAUCCGCUCUUUGGGGUGGUAUAUGAUGGCUUUGGUAGACAUUCUGGAGCUCUCUCACGCACAAGCUGUUCUCAGUCAGGACCAGUGGGAUCACAUCCACCAGCGAUUUAUGGCUCUUUCCAACGCAGUCAUGGCAGCCGUAGAUCCGGACACUGGUUGCUGGUGGCAAGUCAUGACGGACCCGAGAAGAGAGGGUAAUUACAUCGAGUCUAGUGGAUCGGCUAUGUUCACGUAUGCGCUCUACAAAGGCGCACGACUCGGCUACUUGAAAGACCUCCCUGAUAAAAAUCCGCGGCCCACAACUCUCGCAAGUAACUGCUAUCGCCAUCUAGUCCAGAAUUUUGUGGUAGACAACAAGAACGGGACAUUGGGUUACAGCGGAACGGUGUCAGUUUGUAGUCUAAAUUCGACCGCCACUUAUGAGUAUUAUGUUCACCAGCCUCUCCUCUACAACAGCGUGCAUGGCUCCGCCUCAUUUGUUCUUGCAAGCCUGGAGCAUGAAAUAUCUGUGAAUAUAUCUAAGCAUUGA